CGAGAUUAUCGAAACAAAGAAAGAAUUACCUUGUUCCGUUCAGUCGUCAGUUGGCCAACAGAAGAGGAAUCAGUUGUGGGGGAUCGCGUUUCAUGAAAGAAUCUUUGAUAUGGUUUUACUUCAGUUCAACUUGCAAAUAUUAAAUGCGUAUUAGCAGUUUCUGUCGUAAUUGCGACCGCUGUGAAUCGAAACAUCCGACUGAUUAUCACUUAUCGCGAACAAUUUUGAAAUCAAACUGGAUGAUAGUGAAAAAAGUUACUAAAGCUGUUAAGACAUUGGUCCUUUUCAUUCAAUGGGAGACAGUCCUGGUUGUGUAGCUCUAGCCGAAAAUUUUAUAUUAUUUUUGACUGCUUAGUGCACAAAGAGGAUUAUUGAAAAAAGGAAGUCAUUGCGGGAGCAAAAGGAGUUUGGAAGUAAGAAAAUAUAAAAUCAAGUGCAGUUUUCUUUUGAAUACACACACCCAGCUGUAGAGCAUUUUGGAUUGGUAUAUUAAUGUUACAUAUACUACAUUACUCGGAGAGAAGCGUGGAAAGUUUUUCAACAAAACGCAAAACAAGCGGAUGUGUGCGAAGCAAUCACACCAAUCACAGAACCAGUGAAACAGACAGACGGGCAAAAUAAUCGAACAGCUGAGAAACCUUGAGAGUAAAUUCGUGAGUGUGUAGAAUAAACACCAAAACGGAAAGAAACAAGUGACCUGAGAUCACAGUGGCCAUAGGUUGAACCGGUUAAGCAAAGAAGUUAUUGAAUAUAAUAUUGCUGCAAAAAUCGAAGCGAUAAUGCCCUGGUAUGCUCCUUGGACCAACGUGAUAAAGAAAAAAGUAUGCCGCUUCCUUCUUCAGCGCUACCUGGGUCAGUUCCUCGAGGAAAAGCUCAGUCUAGAUCAGCUGAAUGUUGAUUUCUACAAUGGAACCGGUACAGUGUAUGAUGUCACUCUGUACUGCCAGGCAUUGAACGAUCUCUGCGAAGGACAGGGUUGGGGUGUCGAAGUGAUUGGCGGACAUAUUGGAGCAGUGACGGUCAACAUCCCCUAUGAUGCUCCGCUGGCCAAGGACAGUUCUAUUGAGGUGACAAAUCUGUCAAUCAGUCUUCGACCAAAAGCCCGUUUUACUGAUGGCACCUCCAUGUUCGAAUCGAUGUGGUCAUCCAUGUCUAGUUCGAUGCAGUUGGCUCAGGAGUGUCUGGAGCGGGAAGGUUGCAGCGCCGAGACGCCAUCAGCUGCUCCGACUAACACAAUUGAAGGCCUGGAAAAGUUUGCGCAAAUUAUUGACAACGUUCUUAAUCGUAUCAAAGCCAGACUGGUUAAUACGGAAGUGCGUAUCGAAUACUUACCCCCUGGAAGUGAUUGUGGAGUUGCACUUAUAGUGAAAAUAAAAAGUAUCGAGUACCAGAAUGAAGCUGGAAAUGAUCCGCCCGAUCGCAAGGAUAGUUUCAGUGAGGACGGUAGCUUGCCACAACAGCAGGAACCCAAACAAAAAUCUUUCCUUAUCUCAACACAUGUGACGCAUCAUGUUUGCAUGGAAGGAGUUACAUUUUAUACGGAAGAAUUCCGGAUACAUAAUCCUAGACAGCAACAACGACAGCAUCAAGAAUUUUUCCGUAAGCGUGAUAGUCUAAUUGCCAGUGAGCAGUUUUUAAGUACAAUAUCGGAUUUACCGACGGAUCCAACAUUGACGGCAGGAGCAACCAUAGGGGGAAAGGAAUUUCUUAGCUAUGCAAAUGUAUGUGAUAGUAGCAAUAUUAAUAAUAGUUUUAAACAAUCCGAAAGUAUGGGGAAUGCCACUGGGGUUUCGGAUGAUGAUGAUCACGAAGAAGACUCUAUACAGUACUUUCAUUCGGGAGAAGUUUUAACAGGCAAGAUAACUUCCAAGCAGGAAAUACGGAUUAGAAUGAAACAGGCAUGUAAUCUUACUGGUCCUAAUGUAGAAUUGGAAAUGUCUCUGGGAUGUUUGCAGCUUUUUUUGUCACCACGGCAACUACACGCGAUUGUACUGCUUAGUAAUACUUUUCUUGGAUUCAACGAAAUGCCCACUCCAACGAAGUGCGCUCCGCCUGAUUUGAAUUCCAAACCAAAACGAUUAGAUGAGACAGAACUGGAUUUUAAACAUAAUAUCAGUCGCAUGUCUGGAGGGAUCGGCCUUAACCAAGGUUGGUCCCUAGCGGAUCCCACGCAAACAAUGGUUCAAGAUCACGUGGGAUUUUCAGUGAAUGAUUUUCUAGAAGAUGAGAGAGUUUCGGAAAUGGUGGAGUCUUCCAACAGUUCAAUGACCAGUUCGUUCACGUCUUCAAGUAUGGCAUCGCGAACAACUUCUGCUAGCAGAAGACGUAUCAUUGAUCCUGAUGCCGAUGCAGAUAUUUCUAAGUUUAAUAUCAGAGUAGCAGCUGUAGCGUUGGUUUUAUUACACGAGGACAUUUUGGUGGAAAGUAGUCAAACGGAUUCUCAACAGUCUCCAUUGAGCGAAGCAAGUGUUCAAAAAUUGCACAAUAAAACUGAACAUUUUUUUUGGUCUGUUGGUAACUUAGGCCUCGGGGCUGGUGCGAAUGAUAUCCUGAAUGCUGGUCUUAUAAUGGAUGCUGGUUGUGAUUGCAGUCAUUUGCGGUUGCUCAUGGCACCUAUUAUACUGGAAGGAGAGGAACAGCGAAAUCGACUAGGAACUGUGUUACGUUUUUCGAUUUCUGUUGCUAGGGCAGAUCUUCGAGAAAUCUUAACGGAUACGUCUGUACCCUUAGUUGAAUUCUAUCGGAAGAACAACUCAAGUGCGCUGCCAAAGCGACCGGAACUGGUACUGAACUUCAAGCAAACUUGUAACGCUCUCAAAGGAUCAAGUGGGAAAAGAUUUACUCCUCCCAAAACAGAGAUUCGUCUUUCACUUGGUUCUUUUCUUACCGAAUUCGACAUUACUCUCCUAGAUCGGCUAAGCUCUUUAAUUUAUCAGUAUCCCUUUGCUGCUUACUAUAACCAAACGACCCCAGUGAAUUCUCCGACAUCAUCCAGUGUGCCAGGGUCCACAAAUCGGAAAAUGGAGCCGAAAUGCGAAAUACAUGUGGAAGCUCCACUAAUUGACUUCCGACUGCGUUUCCCAAUCCCUGACCUGAGACCCAUCCACGACCCACAGCGAAUUCCCUGGUGGCGUCGCAACAUCCGACCAGACUUUAUUCUAAUUAAUCUCCAACAAGCUCGUGGAGUAAUAACACUAAAUCCACAUCCUAUUUACGACAUUUCGGCAAACGAAAUCCAGUUCUUCUACCAUGAAAGUGAACUAAAGACCGACAAUGUAAAUAUUGGCAAAGCUGUGAUGACAGAUAAUGUUCUAGAUAGUAAGUUUGCUGAUCAGAAGAAGCAGGAUAGAGCAGGAUUCGAAUAUCCACGAAUAGUUAUAGAAAUUCCAAGUGAUACUGCCAUUCAGCUACUACAGGAACCAAGUAUGCAAGACACGUCCGAUCAGAGUAAUCGUGUUGUACAGUGUGAGGAAAGUGAUAGCGACCAAACGUCUGGUGAGAGUAUAGAGGUUAAAAUGAAUAAAAGUAAAGCUGAUACACCAUUUAGCGCAAAACGUGUGUGCCGGGAAAGUGACACCCCCCAUACUAAAGCCUCUGCGGAUGAUCCAGAAACACUUACUCUCCCUGGUGAUUGUGAGGAAUUAAACAAAUUCUGCCAAGCUGCUAUGGGCAUAAGUAAGGUGCAAAUUAGAAUAGAUUUUCCUGUUGUCAGCUUCCAAUUAAAAUCAAAGCACCUCUAUGAGGUUAUUUACAAUCGUAUUAGUACUGAUCUUUUAUUGUGGGAACCGAGUGCACCAGCUGCAAAUGUUGCGACAGAGGCUAGUGCCAAUGUGAGUGCGUCUAAGGUAGCAUUUGACGAAUCGCCAUUCGGGUUAGCAAAUAUGGGAAUGAUGGACAGCAUUUAUGUUCCUUUUACAAUGUGUCAGAGUGCUAUUCAGUUAGAUUCCAGCUCAUCGACUACCAACUCCGAAUCUGAAUCUGAUUCAGAUGGAAUAUUUUAUUCCGUGUAUGAUCGGAACAACCGUCGAUUACUAGGAAAGGACGAUGAGGCAGAAUACUCCGACCAGCGCAAGCACAAUAGCCGACGCCGAGCACAACAGCACAGAAAAGCAUCAUUUGUUGAUAGGAGUAACGCUAUUUCUUUUCAUUUAAAAAUUGGUCAUGGUAUGCUGACUAUGUUUGCCCCUGUUCGGGAUGCACAAAAUCAUGUUAUACCUGGUCAAUUAGGAGAGUUUAUAAUGAAACUGCAGUCAGCUAGUAUCUUUUCUGUGAAUGGUUUUCAUGGAGAUAACAAUCUAGGUUAUCUAUGCAUUCAAGGGAAAGCGGCUGAUGUAUAUCAUUGCGGUUUAAUUCCCACACCAGCUGCCAAUCCACCACUACGGUUAGUGAAUAGUGUACUUCCGGCGCAUGUUUUUAGUACCCUUUAUCCCACACCUAAAAAUUUGACUAUAAAUGAGCAGCGCGGUUGCUCCAACCGAGAAAUGUUUACAAUGGCCAUUCAAAUCAAGACUGUACCCGAGCAAAGUAUCAAACGAAUUCGCAUGGCAGCGGGUGUACAACUGACCACCUUGCGGCAUCACUCGACUUUACCCCAGCAUUCGUGGUUGACUCAAUUGCUUGAUAUGUUUAAUGUUGUAGACUAUCCUGUGCAUGGAUAUACUCCUUUUGGCGUUAUUACUGAAAUGCAUCUGCAUUUGUGGGACUGCGCGAUAGAUUACCGGCCUUUGUAUUUCCCAUAUAGGGCUGUUAUCACUAUCGGAUCGUUUAUGAUUAGUAGUAAUAUUACGAAUGAAAGUUCAGGUUUAACGCUACGAUUCAUUGCGGAAGAUGCAACCUUAUGUCUAGCGCCUCAAAUUUCUGCCAUGUUACCAGUGAUAAAUGAAAAAGAAAAUCAGAGGAGAAAGAGUAGCAGUAGUAAUACCGGAAUACGCGAUGACAACAAAGUAACCGUUUUACCUGCCAACGCGCUAGUAUGUUUGGUGGAGUUGGGUCUGUUUGAGAUUUCUCUUCGUUUGAAUGAAAAGGCCACAAGUUCUUUUCCAAAGCUUGAUCUUCGGACUGCGAUGAAUGAUGUUCAUGUGCGUACUUGCGCUGAUUCUGGUAGAGCGCUGGCCCAACUUAUUCGUUAUCUCGCUGAAGAAGGUGAUUUGUUGGCACAGGACGACGUUUCCAGCGAUUCAGAAACUAAUGAAACGAUAGCCGUUUUGCCUAUGAGUGGUGAAUCUGAGGGUGAUCUUUUGCCAGUGAAACCUAAUUGUGCGCCAGAGGUAACCCCCAAGCAACAACAAAGAGUUAACACUCUGAUGGCUGACGCAAUGGAAGAAAGUUUGUAUCUACAAAGUAAUGUCGGCGAUCUGCGAGACGAUCAGAUUAUAGCAGAUGGCGAAGGCGUAGAAGUGUUCUUCUUUCCCGACGAAGAUCAAAGCUCGACAGCUGCAAAGAAAAAGUUGAUGAAUAAUCUUGUUUCAGACAACAGUAACAAAAGACGUUUCACUUCCGACGAUGAUUCUCUGAGUAUAGAAGAAGGUUCAAGUGUUCCUUCGUCGUACCAGGAUGAUGAUCACUACUUAAAGCCACGACAAUUCGAUGAGCAAUCAGAAGACACUGGAAGUGUCAAUACUGAAAUGAGAGAUUUACUCAAUUUCGAAUGUUCGGUAAUGGGACUGGAGAAGGAGCAUGAUGUGGAUGAAGAAGUGGUAGAAGCGUUGCCUCAGGUAACAAUGGAUCUCGGCGAUGUCAACAAGUUUGAUAUGCCAAAGCAGUUAAACAACGCUACCAAAAAUGAUCAAAGAAAAGUUAGCUCUGAUACUGACGAUGAUUUUUGCUUCAUAGCAGACGAAGAACGACCUCAUUGUGGUAACCAGGAAGUUCCAAUUCUUGAGGAACCUAUCCGCAUAGUAGAUAACCAUUUUAGUGUUCCUACGGGGAAACCAGACUUGCUGUUGGCACCAAAAGAGUUCCCGAUGGCAGUAACUAGAUAUACGAUAUGUGAAAUGUCUGUUACAUGGCAUUUGUAUGGCGGGCACGAUUUUCUAACGGAAGAAGAUAAGAAAAAGGCCAAGACAAAAAUUUCUCAGGUAGAGAAUAACUUUGCGCAUUUGCCGAUGUCUGAAGCGUAUAAAUGUGGUGUUAGCUACUCUAAAGGUUCUCCAUCGGUAUGCUUUGGUCCAACAUUGACGCAAAAGUUAACUUGGAAGGGUCGUGGUGGACCGGAACGAAGGCACGAUAUAAUGAUGGAAGUUCAGUUGAACAAAGUCAAAUUUUCGCACGAAGUUUAUCCAUCGAAUACGGAGCAGGCCUCCAGACAGGUGCUUUUAAUCACAGAGUUAGAGAUUUGGGAUCGCUUAGCCGUAUCAGAUAUAAAAAAAUUUCUCUACCAGUCUAGUGUCGGUCAACGAAGCAGCAAAGGGCACAAUCACAUGAUAGUUAUCAAAUCGCUUCACCUGCGUCCAAAUCCUGCACUUUCAGCACAAGAGUGUUGUUUGCGGAUAUCUGUGCAACCCAUACGACUCAACAUCGAUCAAGAUUCGCUACUUUUCAUGGUUAACUUCUUUAACCAACUUGGGGGUGGCGGAGAUUUAACUGAUUAUGGAAUGCAACACCAACCAGGACGGAGUAAUAUUACAACAUUGUCCCACCAGCAGCCAGUUAUGAUGGUUGAACUACCAGAAGCAGCACAAGAAUUACAAGCUAGAAAAAUGGUGUCGGAAAAUUUGAUGCUUCUUAUUGAUGAAGAUGAAAAAAAUAAAGAGCAACAGGAAACCAGCAGCGAAGCAGGGGAUGAUAUACCUCCAGUAUAUUUCCGUAACGUAAUUUUCAGUCCUGAUGUUCCUAUACGUAUUGACUAUCACGGUAAAAGAGUUGAACUGUCUCGUGGACCACUAGCCGGUUUGCUAAUGGGCCUCGGGCAACUGCAGUGUUCUGAGAUCAGGUUGAAAAAAAUAUCUCACAGGCACGGUAUUUUGGGAAUGGAUCGUCUACUUAAUUUUUUGCUUCAGGAAUGGCUACAAGACAUUAAAAAGAAGCAACUUCCCAAAAUUCUCGGUGGUGUUGGACCUAUGUAUUCAUUAUUACAACUCUUUCAGGGUAUAUGGGAUUUAUUCUGGCUUCCAAUCGAACAAUAUCAAAAGGAUGGUCGUAUUGUUCGCGGCCUUCAGCGUGGAGCGCAAAGCUUUACGGCAAGAACUGCACUGGCGGCAUUAGAAAUCACCACCAGAAUUAUCCACUUGUUACAGAUAACGGCGGAAACCGCUUACGAUAUGGUUUCCCCAGGACCUUCAGUACGACGCGGUCGAGGGAAUAAGAAAGGCAAGCGAAAACGACUGCAUCCUCCUCAAGACAUUCGUGAGGGAAUGACUAAUGCUUUACAGAUCGUGAAGGAGGGUAUAAGUGACACUGCGCAUAAUUUGGUUGAGUUGACGGCCUUAGAACACGAUCAGAAAGGAUAUACUGGUGCUGUCGGAGCUGUAAUGCGUCAAAUUCCGCCAAUGGUUGUUCAGCCACUUGUGUUGGCCACACAAGCCACUAGCAAUGUGCUCGGUGGUGUCAAGAAUCAACUUGUACCGGACGCACGGGCUGAAGCACGCGAAAAAUACAAAGAUGAUGUGGAAUGAGCAGUGCGAUUUUUGUAAUUUUUUAAUGGAGUUAUGGACGUUCGAUCCGUGAUACAAAAUGAGUUAUCUUUCGGUUGUAAAUUUUAACAUAAGAUUUCAGUUUCGUCGCGAAAUAGGCAGUUUAUAUUUUCACUCUUUACAUCUAUGCGUCCUAUAUCAGCUACAGUAGAACUACACACUGGAAUUUUUUUGCCGGAUCUCGGUAAUUUUUGCCGAGAACGGCACCACUCAGUGCUCGGUUAGAAAAAUAAUGACAGCUGUCACAUUUUUUCGAAAAUCUCGGUUCAACCUAACUGAAGUUUCGGCACAAAAUAUUAACGAGCCGAAAUAUCAGUUAGGUGAACCGAGAUUCACGAAAAAAUGUGAUAGCUGUCAUUAUUUUUUUUAACCGAGCACUCAGUGGUGCCGUUCUCGGCAAUAAAUUACCGAGACCCGGCAAAAAAUUUUAAGUGUGUAGAAGCUUUUAACCGAUACAAAAAGUAUGUGAUAAACUUGAAACUUGCUGUAUCAAUUUGCAGUUUAAAAAUUAAAAUCAUGGUUUUGAAAGGAGCAUUCUAUUUUAUUAAUAAUAAUCUUGAUUUCCAACUGUUUUGGCAGCAUAAAGAUAAUAAAAACUGAAAAGUCGCACCAAUUGCAGUAAUUGAAUAUGAUAGAUGGCAAAACUCUCUAAAACUUAUUCUUACAAGACAACGUUUAUUCUACUGCAGAAGAAGCUCUCUUCUUAUGGAUUGAAGUUAAGUUGUAGAGAUCGCCUAUAUUUCUAAACUAAUAUCCCCAUAACAUAUUUUCGUAAAACAGCGGUUUUUUGUCUAAAGGAUAAAUAAUAAAUUAAGAUACAUGAGUGGCUUGGAAUGAAUAUUGACUAUGAAGUUUUUUAUCAGUCGUUUAUUAAAAAGUCCACUUAGUUUUUUUUUCUAAUCGAAAAUGUUUUGGUAAAUGUAAGUGCGCAUAAAAGAAAACAAUCUAAUUAACUUACUUGAAUUAGGUUCGAAUUUGCAAACAGUUUGUAUUUAUACUGAUAUGAAAAACUAAAAACAUUUUGAAAGAAAAUGUAAAAAGGAACAUAAAUAAAAUAUUUAUACUUGAAA